UAGGCAACAUGAUCUUCGGCACAAGCGUCUUCGAUCCGCACAAUCCAGCUUCUGCGGAGCUCAUAGAUAACGUGUGGGAAAUACUGAAGCUCGGUGGAAUACCCAAUUUGGUCGACUUUUUUUCCGUUUCUCCGGUACCUCGACCCGCAGGGAAUGUCCCGGGAGACGGCCAGGCAUUUGAAGGCCAUGUAUGAGUUUUCCGAUGGAUUCAUAUAGAAAAGGCUCGACACCACAAGCCAAAGCAUUGAGCGUAACCACUUUGAGAAGGAUUUUCUGGAUGUUCUGCUGGGUUUUAGAAGUGAAGAUUUCACUUUAUCUGGUAUUCGAGCCCUGAUCACUGAAUUAUUUCUUGCAGGUACUAAAACAUCAACUACAAAAAUAGAAUGGGUCAUGGCAGAAUUCAUUCACAAUCCAAAUAAAUUAAGCAAAGUCCGAGAAGAACUGGAUGAAGUCGUUGGUUGCAAGCAAAGAGUUGAAGAAUCCGACUUAGAUCGUCUGCCAUAUCUCCAUGCAGCUGUGAAAGAAGUAUUCCGAAUGCAUCCGGCGAGUCCUCUGCUGUUACCCCGCAAAGCCGGAAGCUCCUUCGAGAUCGAUGGAUUUGUGAUACCCAAAGACAGCGAGGUGAUGGUGAACGUGUGGGCCAUUGGGAGGGACCCUUCAAUCUGGAAGAAUCCAGUGGAAUUUAUGCCCGAGAGAUUUUUCGAGGGCGAGAGUAAGAAGAUAGAAUACAAUGGACAAAACUUUGAGCUCAUUCCAUUUGGAGCGGGGAGAAGAAUUUUUCCGGGGCUUCCAUUAGCGAGCCGUAUGAUUCAUUCGGUUUUGGCUUCUUUACUCCAUUCGUUUGAAUGGAUACUUCCGGAUGGGAUGAGUUGUGAAGAGAUGAGCAUGAGCGACGAGUUUGGACUUGCUUUAAAGAAGGCUACAGAUUUACAGACAAUAACCAUACCCCGUCUCCCACAUCAUAUCUACUAGCCUCUAAUCUAACCUAUUAAAUCAGUACUAUGGAUAUUCCACAAUGUAAGGAUUUCCCUGUUUAUAGUUUCUAUGGAGAUUCCAUCGCUUUCUUGCUAUUCUGAACUCGUUACUGCUGGUUCACUGUUUUUAUUAUUCUUUCUAUGGAGAACUCCUGUGGGUAGGAAGAAAGAGAUGUCAGAAGUCUGUGUUUGUUGUUUUUUGUAAUGGCAUGCAUAGAUAUGGCUGUACGAUGUGAGAUCAAAUUAAAAAAAAAUUCACCGACUGAGACGUGAUGACCCAGAGUCA